CUGUUAUUCGCCACGGAAUGCAGCCCGAGGAGAAACAGUGUCUUCUGCAUAUCUCCCACAUGAUACCACUAUCUACCAUGGAUAUAUGCCAUCCUCGUGAAUGAAUUUGCCUUCAUCCGCAUCCCGCUGUCCACGGAUAAUGCUCAACAUGGUCUCACCGGCAGUACGAGGAUCCUUAGCAAGGCCCCAACCGCUGACGAGGUCUGGGCUCGUGCCACGAAGGUUUGAGCGAACAAAGCCAGGGCACACGAUGAAUACCUUGAGCCCUUGUUCGUGAUAAUCAGCACGCUCCUGCAACGCGAUCAUGUUCAAAGCAGCUUUGCUUGCUUGAUAGGCAUCUGUGCUUCCGGGGAUUGGGAGUUUCGAGGUCAUCAGGUUGGCAGUCCUGGUCAAAGAUCCAGAGCCACUGCUCACAUAGAUUGAAGUCGGUUUGGAGGACUUGAGUAAUAAUGGUCGGAAGGCAGCAGUGACCAACGCUGUUCCAAUCACAUUGGUGGUCAAGCACGUCCGGAACCUAGUCAAGACGUCUUGGUCGAUGCUUGCAACGCCAGCAUUGUUUACCAAGACGUCUACUUUGCCGAACUCCUGGCCCACCCUGUCGGCAGCCUUUCCGACCGAGUCUGGAUCUGUGACGUCCAUUUGCACAGUUGAAAGACGGCCUUCGAUGCCUGAUGCCUCGAUCUCGGCUUUCGCCUUCGUUGCUCUUUCGAGUGACCGGCUCGCCAUGAUUACAUGGAAUUUCUCCGAAGCACUGGCUAGCACCUGGGUCACUCCGUAGCCAACUCCACUGUUGGCACCUGCGUCAUUGUUACCAAGAGGCAAUCAUAGCCCUCAAUGGCAGGUAACUCUUACCAGUAAUUAGAACGACUCUUGAGGCCAUCGUGACCUCUGUUGCCAAUCCAGGGUGUCUUACAGUUUAUGAUCGGAAUGAUGGCGCGUUUGGGUACAAUGAGGGUUUGUAUGGUAGGGCAGGUGCUGGGAUAACAGGAAGAGUAUUUACCCAAUGUGCCUCCUCCCGGUACCUCUCUGUCGAAGAGCAAGACGAAAGCCCCCAAGGUAGUGGCUUAUGUGUACACCCAUUGUCUGCCGACUUCUGGAUGAGACAUCCGCUGGGCUUCCGCACCGGUCCGUAGGGCUGACUGCCACUUGAAGAACUAUGGUAAACUUACCAGACCGGUUCCGGACAGACCAUACCGGGCCGGAACAGGGCCGGUCAGUUGCUUGGAAUUCGAAGGUUAUAGGUUGCACAACAUUCGUUCGACUCCGGUGGCCGCGGUUGCCGCAAAGGCAAACCCAUCAAGGACAACAAAUCUGCAAAAUAUGCCAAGCCCAAAUCACAUGAUCCCAACUUUAACGCAACUCCAUACUCCACAGCCUCCCCACAACUUGAAGGAUACCUAGGUAGUCAUUGCCUUCCGUCGACGUUACACCAUGUCUUCAGAGCCAAGAGCCCUUCUCAAACCCUGUUGUGUCCACCAGAGACACCUUGCCCAUAUUACCAAAUAGCUUCGCAAUGGUUUGCAAGGGAAAACUCUUUGCGCCAGAGGGGAUUUGACAGGGAGGUCGUGGCGGGCCAUGGCGCCCUCCCAGUACAGGAUCCACACUUUUCAACUAGAGGCCAAGAAUCAAUGCGACCAGCUCCUCCGCAUAUAAUAAAUGGACCUAUGGCCAAUGUUCCAUAAUGGACGGAAGCGGACGAAUCCCCUUGAAAGUAACGGUUUCUCCUUCGGUUCUUCUGACAAUUUGCCCUGUUUUCGAGUAGGCAUCUACCAAAAUAGGUUAUUCCCAGGACCGGUGGACAACCAUGUCUUCAAGGCGCAGGCCAGUAUACUUCUCACAAGAGCCUGCCUCGACGAAGCUUCCAGGUGUUGAUGGGGGCAAGAUAAAGCGGUUCCACCAGAAUUUACCAGGUUACGCACCGUCACGCCUUGUCCCGUUACCUGACCUCGCGAAAGAGCUCGGUAUCAAAGGCGUCUUCCUCAAAGAUGAGAGUGUCCGUCUGGGACUUCCAUCCUUCAAAAUCCUCGGGGCCUCCUGGGGAACCUUCAAAGCCCUAACGUCAAAACUCAGGCUUCCUGACGACGUAUCCUUUGAUAAACUGGCUGUGGAAUCGAUGAAGCAGCAGGUCAAGCUAUUCGCAGCCACCGAUGGCAACCACGGUCGGGCAGUGGCACGUGUCGCGAACCUGCUCUCGAUCCAGGCAUUUAUUUACGUUCCUGCCAGCUUGGAUGACCACACCAAGGAGAAGAUCAGCCGAGAAGGCGCGCAGAUUGUCGUCUUCGAAGGAGACUAUGAUGAAGCCGUGCUGGCGGCAGGUCGGGCGGCGAACCAUGUUCCGGGUGGCAUGCUCAUCCAAGACACUGCAUUCACGGGUUAUGAAGAUAUCCCCGCUGCCAUUGUCGAGGGCUACUCGACAAUGUUUACAGAAAUCGACGAGGAUUUGGAACGCCAGGGGCUGCAAGCCACUGCCGUUGUCACGCCAGUGGGCGUCGGGUCGCUAGCCUCGGCUGUUGUCCGACAUUAUGCAGCCAUCAACAGGCCUGAUGCAAAGAUCAUUGCUGUUGAGCCGGAUACCGCCGCUUGCCUGUACAAAAGCCUUCAGAACAAGACGCCCACCAAGAUCCAGACUUCGCAUACAAUCAUGACUGGCAUGAACUGCGGUACGGUUUCCAGCACCGCAUGGCAGUGUUUGUCUGAUCACGUCGCUGCAAGCAUGACGGUUUCAGAUUUCGAAGCCCAUCAAGCAGUGCAAUAUCUCCGAUCACAAGGAGUGAGCUCGGGCCCCUGUGGUGCCUCAGGUCUCGCUGCCAUUCGGCGUCUUUCGCCCAGUGAUCGGGCGAGGCUGGGUUUAGAUGUGAACUCAAUACUUGUGCUGCUCAAUACAGAAGGAGAACGGGCGUAUGACAUUCCUGUGGAUGUAUCUACCGACGACCCUGUAGAGCUUACUCGCCUGCUUACCCAGAUUGAAUCAACCAAUCCAACUUUAUCGUCCUCAAACGGCACUGGCGAAACGCGCAUUGCGGAUUAUAUUGAGGCAUGGCUACAACACAGGGGCAUUGAUAGCCGCCGUCUUGAGUCGGUUCCGGGACGGCCCUCUGUUUUGGGUUUUGUUCCAGGUAAAAGGGAGGGUCGAAACAUCAUGCUGAAUGGUCACAUAGACACGGUCAGUAUUUCGAAUUACACGGCAGAUCCGUUGAGUGGCGAGUUGAGCACCCGAGAUGGCAAAGCAGUCGUCCUCGGCCGAGGCAGUUUGGAUAUGAAGGCCGGCCUGGCCGCAGCAAUGACGGUGUUAUCGAGUGCUGCUUCCUCCGACCUCGACGGUGGCGUCAUUCUCGCUGCCGUGGCCGAUGAGGAAGACCGUUCAAAGGGCACUGAAGAUGUCCUCGGCGAAGGUCUGCGCGUCGACGCCGCGGUCGUGACCGAGCCCACGAUGCUGACCCUCGGGACUGGUCACAAGGGCUUUUUGUGGCUUGAAAUUGAAGUCCUCGGAGUCGCCGCGCAUGGCUCGGAUGCAUCUUCUGGUGUGGAUGCCAUCCUUAAUACAGGCCUCGUCCUAAAUAGCCUACGCGAGUAUGGACGGACCCUACCGACUGACGAAUUUCUGGGUCAAGCUACUCUUCACUGUGGGUUCAUCUCCGGAGGCGAGGAGCUCUCCACGUAUCCCGCAUCCUGCAACCUCAAGAUCGAGCUUCGCACUGUUCCAAGCCAAGAGCCCGAGCUAGUCCUAGGCGAGAUCUCUCAGAUCCUCGCCGCCAUCGCGGCAAAAGAUCCUCAAUUUCGAUACAAACAGCCGCGCAUCCUCCUCCAUAGGGCAGCGUACAAACUCGAAGCCGACCAUCCAUUCGAACGGUUGGCAAAGGGAGCAGCCGAGGACGCAUGCAACACUCCGGUCAAGCCAACGGGACUGAAGUUCUGGUGCGACGCUGCAUUGCUAUCCACGAAAGGGAUACCGACCGUUGUUUUCGGUCCGAAAGGUCAAGGCUUGCACGCCGAUGAGGAAUGGGUCGAAGUCGAAAGCAUUCGACAAACGGAGCAGAUGCUGACAUCCUUGGUAAAUGCGUUCUGUGUCACCUAGCUUUGCAAAAGCAUGGGAAUCCUGGGUAUCUCCUGUGCAAGUAUGAUCAGGGAUUCAUUUUCAGUUUAGUCAACUCAAUCUAUCUCCUCUUGGCGCCCUGGUUGCCGUUGACGUCUACAUAAAUCUGAGAUACUAUAGGUGGCUCCUCGGAUCUCGACACGGCAGCCGAGUUCUACCAAGGCCCGGAUGCUGUUUCAUCUUUGCAACGGGAACCCAAGGUGCUACUUCAAAACUCCAACCCAUUGCAAGAUAUCAAGCGAUCCAACGCCAGAUUUUCUCGACAAUGUUUUUCGGGGGCUGUUCCUGCCACAUAUAGUCUUGAGCAUCGAUCUCGGCCUUCCCAGUGAAAAUAUCCCUCUCCGAGACGGAGCGAUAUUUUGUCCUCUUUACGAUUUUCCAAAAGAGAUAAAAGACGACGAAGAUGGGGAUUCCGAUGUAGGCGGUAACGAAGUCAUAGGUGGCCCAGUUGCCGCGGAUGAAGACGGCGAAGCCGUUGAAGAUGAUGAUGAUGAGGAAGAAGGCCAGAGCGAUCCAGGUGCCGUAGGGCUGGAAGGGGGCACGAAAGACGAGAACCGACGAAUAGCGGUCGACGGCGUGGUGUUUCAAGGCCCCGUAAAAGUGCAGGUAGGCGAUGCAGAUGGACAUCCAGGUGAGCAGGGUUGCCAUGGUGGUCAGCGACUGGAACCACAGGAAGAUCUGGUUGGGACCCGACGAGACAGAGAGGUAGGUGAGCGGUGAAAACAAGGCGGUGAACAGCACGCAAUACAGCGGCAGGCCGGAUUUGGCGGUGGUGCGCAGAAAGAUGCGCGGUGCUUGCCGGUUCUCCGCCAGGGCGUACAGAUAGCGCGCGCCGGCGAAGAGAAAUGCGUUCCCGGACGACGUGGCAGAGGUCAAGAUGACGGCGUUGAUGAUGGAUGGAAGAGCCGGGAUGCCGGCUCUCUGGAUGGCAAUGACCCAGGGAGAGGCGGCGGCCGUGUGAAUGCUCGCGCUCUGCGCCGACAAGAGGUUCUCAUCGUCGUAGGGCACCAGCACCCCGACUGCCAGGGCGCCCAGGGAAUAGAAAAACAAGAUGCGCCAGAAGAUGCGUCGGACUGCCUUUGGGAUGUUUUUGCGCGGGUUCCUCGACUCGCCCGCGGCCACGGCGACAAACUCGACUCCGGCAUAUGAGAAGGCGGCAUUGACAAAGACGGAAAACAAGCCCAGAAACCGCCCCGUGGACCCUUUGGACUGGUACUCCUUCAUGGCGCCCGGGUGUUUCCAGAACCGGAACCCUAAACGAUCAUGAUUUGGCCCGCCGCCAAGGUCCAGAAUCAGAGCCAAGAUGAUGAGUCCGACAAUGGUGAUGAUCUUCAGUGACGCAAAGAUGAACUCGGCUUCUCCAUAGAUGGCGACGCCGAACACAUUGAGAAAGAUGAUCAGACCAAGAAUGAGCGUGAUCCACGCCGCUGGACUGAUGCUGUCGUUCCAGUACCCGAUCAGGAUGGCCGCCGCCGAGACCUCGACAGGCACUGCAAUGGCACAGAAGUACCAGUUCUAAGGUUUGUAUUCAUGUCAGUGGCAUGGCAGGGCAGCAAGCACUUUCCGGGGGCGGGGGUAGGCGAGGUGACACUAAGAACGCAAAAUUGCUAUUGAGGCCGGCAGAGGUGGUAUUACUGUACAGUAAAUAAGGUACUUACAUUCCAGCCGACGGCAAAUCCCAGCGCUGGGUCAACGAAGCGGGCGGCAAAUUGUGGAAUCGCCCCAGGCAGAGGGAGCCAGGUCGUCAUCUCCCCCAGGGCCUGCAUCAUCAUCCAAAUGAAGGUGCCUGUGAUGGUAUAUCCGAGGAAAAUCGACAGCGGCCCUGCUCGAGUCAAGGCCGACCCGAUCCCCAGGAAGAGACCGGUGCCGAUCGUGCCGCCCAGCGCAAUGAACUGGAUGUGGCGGGACUUGAGUCUGCAAAGAGAAAAAAAGAAUAGGAAAUCAGCCUCUCUCUCCUCUGUUGUAAGCAUCCCGUCCCCCUUUUUUGCAAAACAACAUACCCUCGAACUACCCCGGUGGUAGUAGUACGACUGCGGUUUGGACCUUGGUCAUCGUGGUACUGAACGCCCACUUCCUCAUCCACAUCCACAUCCACAGCCUGAAGCGGGAUCUCACCACCACCACCACCAUCUUGCUUGGUGUCCGCCGCAAUGCCGAGAUUGUGCAUCUUGCGUUUGUGUCUCUGAGUAUGCCAGGCACCGCCGAUACGGAGAGUCAACUGUUACCAGGCAGGGAGGCACAGAUGGCAGUCCAUCCAUGGUUUGUGAAUUCUCUUCUCUUCCCUUGCCCUGCCCCAGAACUUAUAAUAUUAUUCUGGAAGCUGGGAACGCUCGCCAAUCUCCGCUGUCAUCAGAAGGUGCACAACACCUGUCGGUGCCUUGGAAAGAUAACCGCACUGCAUCGCUGGACUGAUCCAUGCUUCCCUGUUCAGAGAGGGCGCGCGCCCGGGCCUGUCUUUAGAGGGCGCACACUAAUUAAUACUGCUGUGGAUUUUGUCUGCGGGCCUUCCCACCGCCCUUGUCCAAUCACAAGGCAAGGAACCGCCCCGAUCCCUCGAGGCGGGUACCAGAUACAAUAGAGGUACAUAAGGUAGUACAAUGUUGUACUCUAGUGGUUGGUCAACGGUACCAAGUCCUUUGCAUUAUUCUAAAGCAUUUGGCUUUUCAAGCCUUCUUUCAGACAAGGCUUAGGACUUCUUCCACGUCAUCCCGCCACCAGGCCGACGGAAUGACUAGUUGUACACAACUACACACUCACUGGCCUCUCCAGACCAACCCGUAUGGCUGCCGGGCUCUCAUGGUACUAGAUCCCCCUUCAAGAUUUUCUACAAUUGAGGCCUCCCAUGAAUACCGUGUUCCUAGACAUCGAAGAGGUUGUGGUAGCAGUGGCGUUUGGCUGCCUUGCGGAUCGAGCUUCUCUCCGCUGUCCUAAUCUUCUGGAAUACUGAAAAUUGUUGGGCAGGAUGGAAGGAGAUGAAUUUGAUGAUAAGCGAGAGGGCUAGAAGGUUGCAUAUCAUUAUGGGUUCGAUAUUACUCCGCUCCAGCCAGAAUUGCACCUUAACCCUGUUUGGCGCCGCCUGAAACUCACAUGAUAAGCGUUGAGAGUUGGCGGGCGGACAGGAUUGAAGUGACACUUGUUUGACCUGGAGCCGGUAAGCAGCCAACCUCGUCCUGUCCAAAGGUUGUGAACGCUUCUUCG